GCUCAUUUAAAUCUUGAAUUAAAUAACUAUUUUAAUGUCAUAUUAUUCUCCUACCGUCUAUGUAUCAUCUGGAAGACAAAUACGAAAUCAAACUGUUCUCUAGUAUAUCACAGAAAGACUAUCUGUUUUGAAAAGAAAAAUGGAUGGAAUCAUUAUUUAGUUAGAAAAUCUGAUCAAUCAAUUGAAUUUUUAGUUUCUACUCCGAAAAUUGCACACUUAUGUUAUGAAAGAAGUGUAGUUGGAGUUAGUAAGUGCAAAUUGUGUUCAACAGAAUGCCGUAAGAGUGAAAAAUCACUUCGGUUACCUCGGCUUUCAUAG